AAGGUCAACGGUUUCGUGAUUGACAAUGCAGCCAUGGAAAUGGAUCCCACAAGGCAAGAGACUUUGCUUUAAGAUUUUGUCUGAACUGAGUAGAUCUCUUACUCCUGUUUUGUCUGAUGGAUCAGGAACACAUUUUGCUGUCCUAUCCUGUUCUCUCUUUGGCGUCUUCGUAGUUCUUGGUUGAGGAAUGUUGUUAAGAAAUGUUCCAAUAUCGAAGUUCAACGGGAAAUCUUUAAGCGCCUAGGCAAAAUAGUUUAUGACACUUGGGACAGCGUAAAUACUUCCGUCGCAUUGGAAGAAAGCAUUCAGGAUUUUGUUGAUCAAACUGCCUUUGUAGAUUAUUUCAGAUCCUCUUGGAUGCCUAAGAUUGGUUAGUUCUCUCUCACUGUAGCUCAAUGCACAAAUAAUCAAGGUUUCAUGUCUAGUACUGAUGUUGUCUAUGUCUGCUUGACCAGAAAUGUGGCUUUUAACAUUGAAAAGUUUUCCACUUGCAAGCCAGGAGGCAUCUGGUGCCAUAGAAGCUUACCAUGUGAAGCUGAAAACAAAAUUGUUUGAUGAUUCACAUCUCGGUGCACUUCUAAGAGUUGACUGGUUAGUGCACAAGCUGACAACGGAGUUGCAUUCAACAUAUUGGCUCAAUCGUUAUGCAGAUGAAAGUAAUUCCUUCCAGAAUGUUAACGAAGAAUACAUUGCAUCUACGUCUUGGCACCGGGCACUGCAAAUUCCCGAUUCUGCUGUUACCUUGGAUGAUAAGUAUAACCUAUUUGCAAAGGUAGCAAGUCUGAAAGGCAGCAGCAUUACACACAUAGUAUGGAAUCCUGGAUCAGAAUUUGGCUUCUGUGACUGUGCAUGGUCAAUGCAAGGAAAUUUUUGCAAGCAUGUCAUUAAGGUCAAUAUGAUGUGUGACAAUGAUAAAGCCUGCGAACCUUCCAUGUCUUCUCGAUCGUUCAGAGAGAUACUGAUGGAUCUUUGGAAGAAACCAAUGGAUGAUUCGAUCAUAUUAGAUGAGUCGGCUGCCUGGAGCCACCAGAUGCUUGAUCAAAUCAAACAACUUGUUGAACUGAACAGCUCAAAUGAUAUUGGCAUUGUGGUUAACAAUAUGCCAUUGAAAUGGAUUUCUAAGAAGGGCAGGAAAUUUGUUGGUAUACCGGCAUCUUUUCCAGCUCUUCCAUCUACUUCCAAGAGCAAUCUGCAGGAGAAGAAUAGAAAAUGGAAAAGAUUAUCAAGAUUAAGAUGAUCAUCAAAAUUGUUUCUAUGAGCCAGCAUAUGCUGUGGGACCUCUAUUUGAAAACAUUGUCCAAUAAUAUCUUAAAUCUCAUUGCUUGAAGCAUUUGAGAAGCAACAUUGCAACCUACAAGGAGGGAUUUUACUGAACAAUAUGUUUCAACUUGCUACACCUGCAAAUAAAUUUGUUCCAGAGGAGAAUUCCCA